GGUUAGAGUGCACAACAAAUGUCAAAUCAAGGCGAAUUUCAAAAACAACACUUUUUUAAUAUUAAAAGCACCACGAAACGAAGCAAAAAUAAUCAGAAAUGGACACCGAUAAGUUAAAUCGAGAGCUUCAAAUCUUCCGGAACCACGUGAAAAUGGCCCGCGAAAACAUCAUCCACAAACUGGUUCGCGAUAUCAAAUUUUGGCAAAGCAAACGGGAAGCAAAUCCGGAAAACACACGAGCGGUCAAAAAGUUGGCCUCUUUGGAACCGCUCAUCACCCACAUACGAACGCAAACUGCAUCCGAGCUGGCUAAGGCUGUUAUCAGGUUCAAGCCUAGUAAGGUCGGUAGCACAGCGACGGUGGAAGAACGUGUGCUGAUGAGGUUUGCCGAGAACAAAAAGUUACUGCCGGAAACGAAAGCAUUGAUUAGACGGUUUGCUUUAACCAAUAAAAUGGAAGUGUUGGAUAAGUAUUUGAAAGGGCGCGGUGAAGGUAAGGGUUCGAAAGUUAAAAGGAAAAAGAAGGGGGUGAUUAAAAAAGCGAAAAAGAAAUCUGCAGAGCAGGAUUCGGAAGAUCAAGGGUUUUGUGACGUUGAAUAUGAUGCAGAUUCGGGCUCUGAGCAAAGAGUAUCCGACGAUGCUAGCGGUGCCGUGGGAGACGUGAAACUCAACCCAAUCGAAGUUAAAGUUGAAAAGAAACAUACGAAGCGCAAGAUUGAUCGAAAGGACUCAAAAAUUCAGAAGAAUAAAAAGGUUAACCGAUCUGAGGCUCUAGACGAUAGUGGCAAAUGCGUUCAGAUUCAAGACAGCUUUUUCGUGACCAGUUCGGGUCAGAGUUACGUGGCAACAGCUCCAGCGGUCGAUCAGAAAGUAAUGGAAAGGGAAGAUGAAUUUAGUUGGAAGCGAGCUAACAAGCGGAAAGAUAUUUUUGGCGAUAGAGCGAACAGUAAAGAUGAUUCGCGUUGGAAAGGAAACCCGCAAGCGAAGGGUCAAGUCGAUUCAAACCUGCAUCCAUCGUGGGCUGCGAAACAGAAACAAAAAGGACUACAACCUUUUGCGGGCAAGAAAAUUACAUUCGGUUCAGAGGAUCGAAGUCAAACCAAGGAAUCGGCUUCUCCCGAAGAUGUGAACCUGCAUCCUUCAUGGGCAGCAAAACAAAAGCAGAAGGGAAUCAAACCUUUUGCCGGAAAAAGAAUCACUUUCAAUUCUACGGAUGAUGCGCCAGAGCCAGCACCGGCGAAUGUCCAUCCUUCUUGGGCAGCAAAGCAAAAGCAGAGAGAAAUUAAACCUUUUCAGGGAAAGAAAAUCGUGUUCGAAUCCACGGAUUCAACUGUGUCAGAAUUGCCAUUGCUGCCGUCAGAUAUUCAUCCAUCUUGGGCGGCCAAGCAGAAAGAAAAGGGCAUCAAGGAGUUUCGGGGUAAGAAAACUACCUUCGAUGAUUAGUGUGCUUUUCGUGUUUACCGGUUAAACUGUAAAAUGGAAUAAAUAUAACGUAUUUUUAUCUGUAUUAUAAA